GUAAUGUUGUUAGCCUGCUAUGCUAACAUCCAACAGAACAUGAUGCUACUCGGCUAAAUGCUUUCGGAUCAAGUCCUCUGCUACACACGUGGUUUUGUUGCGUUUAUAACAAUUGUCGGCAGAAGUAAAGCAAGUCGCCAUCUUCCGUAUUCGGUCUUCGCUGCGUUCUCAGAGAAGUUAGUUGGCUAAAGCGUUUGGAUGGAAAUGUCUACAAUCCAGAGUUUAAGACAGUUUAUCAACGAGAGGUUACAAACUGCUGCUGAAGACAUAUUAGGAUGUUUUGAAGCGACUGUCGCAAAGUACGAGGAUGAGAUCGGUCGUCAGCGCAGACUGCUGGAUGUAACUUUGAAACCUGUAGUAAAGCUGCAGAGAAUAGAGCUCCCACAGCGACAUGUCUGUAUCAAGGAAGAGUUUCCUGCUGACCUGCUGGAGAGGAACCCCAGUCCAGACCAAGAGGAGCCAGAACCUCCACAGAUUAAGGAACAACAGGAGGAGCACUGCAUCGAGCUCCCAGAGCAACAUUUUCUAAAUGAGGAAGAGUUUCCAUCUGACCAGCAGCUCUGGAGCCUUGAGAGGAACCCCAUUCUGGACCAAGAGGAGCCAGAACCUCCACAGAUUAAAGAGGAGGAGGAGCUCUGCAUUGGUCUGGAAGUAGAGCAGCUUGUACUGAAGCAGGAGGAUCAAGAUAACCUUUUGUUGAAUCCUACUUUCAAGGAAAGUGACCACAGUGAAACAGAACCAAGUGACCACCAGCUCCUCUCCCACAGCUCAGCUCAGAGCCAAGAUCUCAAAGGAGGCCAGCAUGGAAACUCAACAUCAGUUAGUAAUGCAGAGCAGGCAUCGGAAAGGGAACAUCAUGUCAUCACAAGAGCAAAAGAAAGCACAAGUCCCAGUAACCUUGCAUGUAGCAUUACCAUGUCAAAGAUUAUGCCGAAUAUCUGCAAGAGUAAAAAGAUUUUCCAGUGUGACACUUGUGGAAAAGUCUUUAAAUGGAAGUCACGAUUAAAUAGACAUCUGAAGGUGCACACAGGUGAGAGGCCACAUCUGUCCACUACCUGUGGAAAGAGAUUUUGUUACAAGUCAGCACUAAAAACACAUUUGAGUGUCCACACAGGGGAGAAACAGCAUUCUUGCGAAAUGUGUGAAAAAAGUUUCACAACUAGCACAAAUUUGAAGAUCCAUGAGAGAACACACACGGGCGAGAGACCUUUUUUUUGCAAAACUUGUGGGGAAAGUUUUGGUACCACAACUACCCUGCAGGUCCACAAGAGAACACACACGGGCGAGAGACCUUUUUCUUGCAAAACCUGUGGGAAAAGUUUCACGCGUGUAAGUACCCUGAAGGUCCACGAGAGAACACACACGGGCGAGAAACCUUUUUCUUGUGAAACUUGUGGGAGAAGUUUUACAACUAGAAUGAAUCUGCAGGUCCACGAGAGAACGCACACGGGCGAGAAACCUUUUUCUUGCAAAACCUGUGGGAGAAGUUUUAAUAUUAGAAGUAACCUGCACGUUCACGAGAGAACGCACACGGGCGAGAAACCUUUUUCUUGCAAAACUUGUGAGAGAAGUUUUACAACUAGAAUGAAUCUGCAGGUCCACGAGAGAACGCAUAUGGGCGAGAAACCUUUUUCUUGCAAAACUUGUGGGAAAAGUUUUACAACUAGAAAUAUCUUGAAGAUACACGAGAGAACGCACACGGGCGAGAGACCUUUUUCUUGCAAAACUUGUGGGAAAAGUUUUACAACUAGAAAAAUCUUGAAGAGACACGAGAGAAUGCACACGGGCGAGAGACCUUUUUCUUGCAAAACUUGUGGGGGAAGUUUUAUAUGUGGAAGUAGAUUUAAAGUCCACAUGAGAAGCCAUAAAGGUGAGGAGCUUUAUCCCUGUACAACUUGUGGGGAAAGAUUUGUUAGCAAAUCACUUCUAACCAAACAUUUGAGUACCCACACGUAGCAAAGCUGAUAUUUUUGUAAAAUGUUGGAAAGAUCUCUGUCUUGCCAGUUUAUACAAAGUCCACAGGAGAAUACAUCCAGUUGAGAAGCCACACCACGGCCACACGAGAAAGAUAAGAUUUGCCCAAGCGUUGUCAAAGAAGUUGUUACUUAGUUAUUGAUUCAUUAAUUAGUGAUACAACAGUUAGCGAAAGCGACACUGGAAAUGUUUCCAGGGGACCAAAAAAGUGAUGAACCUAGUUGUAGUUCAAUGCUUUAUGAAAUUCCAUCACCACUGAUGAGGAGCAGACUUCAAUAACUUCACAAAGCAUUGAACUACAGCCAGGUUCAUCACUUAGAUAUACACAAGAGAUAUUGUCUACAUUUGCAUUAGCUGCAUCUCUGUAACUGAAUGUGGAAAAUAUCCCAUUGAGGAAACAUCACAAUAUCUUUGAUGCAGUACAUGGUCAACAGCAUUUGCUGAAGUACCCACGUUUCUGUUCUUCAUGUGACUCAUUGAUAUUUACAUCUGCAAAGGAAGUGAUGUUUUCACCCAUGUCUCUUUGUUUAUUCAUUUAUCAGCCAUUUGUACCAAUUGGUGCAGGAAGGGGAUGAGGGUGAGAGAAAUUGAUUGGGUUAAAGUGGCAGAUCCAGGAUAUUUUAUUGUCACUGAAUGUUGAGAGAUGGUUGUCAAUGUGUCAGGAAACACUGUGGAUCAUGAUGUAAAAAUCUGACAUAUUUGUGGUACCGAGAUUUAUAAGAACACAGUAUGUGGUGCAGAUUAUUAGAUGACUUCUCUUUUUCUAUUCUCUUUUAUUUCAAAAGAAGAAAAUCUCUAGUUAAUGUGUACACAGUCCUAAAUGACUCACUGUAAAUGGUUAUUAUUUUGUACUACGUGUAUUCAAUACUUCAGUGCAUGUGCAGUUUAUUAAAGUUUCUUGAAUUAU